AUGGAAACCCUUUCGACGCUGUGGCAGCUCGACACCCUGGGCCGGGCCAUGGACCACUUGGACACCUCGACAAAGGAGUCUCUUCGUCUUCAGAACUUCAUCGACAACAACUUCCUUGAUUGUGUGCACACAUCGGAAUGGAUCACUUCGCGUGCCCCUGGUACAGGUGGUCUCCUGCUGGAAGUGCCUCGCAGUCCUGCAAAUGUCGUCGAGUACGCCAUCAAUGUCGCAUCGCGAGCUUUCCCUGCAUGGUCCCAGGAAACACCUCAGCAGCGGUCUGAUGUUCUGUUCCGAAUUGCAUCAAUCAUGGAGCAAAAGAAAGAGAUGUUUGCGGUUUGGGAAAGCAUUGACCAAGGCAAGCCGGUGUAUCGCGCACGGGCUGAGGUUGGCCGUUCCAUUGAACAUUUCCGAUACUUUGCGAGAUACAUACUGCAUGACGAGAAGACCGCGGUACGUCUGAACAAUAGCCGAGCUGAAGGCCGAGCUGAAGGCCCAGCUGAAUCAACUUUGACGUACGAGGACCGAGUGCCAGUCGGUGUCUAUGCCAUUGUCACUUCAUCCAACAUGCCGCUUUACCUGUUGACGUCGAAGAUUGCCCCUUGCCUCGCAUUUGGAUGUACCGGUGUGGCCAAGCCGAGCGACCUCGCUAGCAUGACCGCCUUUUUGCUUGCCGAGGUCCUCCGACAGGCAAAGGUCCCAGCGGGUGUGAUGAACAUUGUUUUCGGAGAUGCCGACGCUGGUUCCACCCUUGUGCGCUCGCAUCUCGUGCGAGGAGUUUCGUUCUCUGGAGGAACCAGGACCGGAAUUCAAAUUCGAAAUGAUACUUUGGUUGACAUUCAUAAGCACUUGUCUCUUGAUCUCCGAGGCAUUAGUCCAACUAUUGUCUUCGGCGAUGUCAAUAUCGAUGAGGCGGCUGCUGCGGCAGCCUACGCGGCGUUUCAAAAUAGCGGCCAACUCUGUCUGAGCGGUUCUCAGAUCUUCGUCCACCAAUCGAUUUUCAAGAGAUUUUUGCCCGCGCUCAUCCGACGUGUCAAUAUGAAUUACCGGCCAGGCAAGGAACUUGGUCCUGUUGUUUCUCAGGAGCAUUAUGCCAAGAUUCGACACCAGCUAGUUCAGGCCAGUGAAGAGCAUGCCAAGUUUGAGGUUGGAGGGAUUCCCGAUGCAGUUCCCGAGAAUGGUUUCUUGGUCAAACCCACGGUCUUGAGCGAUGUAUGCACCAAUAGUCUCCUGGCACGGGAGGGGAUCUUUGGACCUGUGGCUAUCGUCUAUCCAUUUGACUCGGAAGAGGAUCUGGUCAGGCUGUGCAAUGACAAUCCCAACGUAGUGGGAGCUCUUGUGCUGACUGAUGAUUUGCCCCGAAUCAGCCGAAUUGGAGAACAUCUUGAUGCAACGUUGGUGUGGGGAGGCUGCUGGCUUGGGCGUGAGCUUGGGGCCGGACUCAACGACAUCAGGGCGACUGGCACGGGAUGGGCAGGAGGCGCACGUAACCGGGACGUGUUUACACGUCUGCGAGCCGUGCAUGUUCAUUCCUACUAG